CUCUUCAUGCCGGGAUUGGGACUUCUCUCUGCGUACUGCACUGGGCCUUUCCCGUUCUCUGGCUGGGAUCCCUUUUCGAGCUUCUGUUCAACCUCCUGCCAGGCUGCAAUCAAAAAAAGCUGUUACAAUUGAUGUCCUACUAUCUCCGGCUUCACAGACACACUGUGCGAUGCGCUGACCUCAUGAGAAGAUGAUGAUGCCAGCACGUUUAAUCCGCAUUACCCGCUUUUCUCUGUCUGAAUGUCGGUGUCAUGACGCGGGACUUCGUGUCACCCGGUUCAACAGUGGCCCGGUUCUGCACGGGAGACGGCGGACGAUUGUGCUUUCUACAUACCAUGCACAGAUCCAACCAGUUUCAUUCUGCUCUGAUCUAGCAUCAAAGAAAUACACCCUAAUUUAUGCCUUCCCCGCUAUCAAAGGCCUGCGGGCACUCUCAAGACUCAAACUGAUGCAGACAGGAAUCACUGUCAUCUUAUUGCCCACUGUGUAUUACCUCUACCUGCAUGGACAGGCCUCAGUAACGCUGAUAAGUUACACCACAGGUAUAGCUCUGUUUGCUGGCAUCAUGCUCUACUCCAUUAGUCACUACGUCAGACGAGUGGUUGGCAUGAUGUACCUGGAUUCAACCCAAACUACAUUAAAGGUGUCACACCUGACCUUCUGGGGUCACAGAAAGGACAUAUACCUGCCCGUGUCAGAUGUCAUGACCCUGGGAGAUACUGGUGACACUAAAGGAGAGCCGAUCCUUCGUUUAAAGCGCUACAGCAGUUCCGAUUCUAUGUACUUCUCCACCAGACUGGGCCGAGUGGUGGAUAAAGAUGCUUUUGAGAAGGUUUUUGGGAGUUUGUCGUGAAUGUUCUCUCUUUUUUUGUUUUGUCAUGUCAUUCACCACUGGAUAUUUCUUCUAUUUGAAAAGUGACAAAUAAAGGUCUUAUGUCAGUGUUAAAGCAUCACUAAACUCAAGAAGAAUGACUUGCACGAUGUGUCUUAUUUUACAUGAAACCAGUGUGAUAAGUUUAGUGUUUUUUUUUUUUAAUAGUAUAUUGAAUUGCUUCUUUAAAGGGAUAGUUCUCCCAAUAAAAACCUCUCAUCAUUUACUCAUCCUCAUGCCAUCAUGUAUAACUUUCUUUCUUCUGCAGAACACAAAUGAAGAUUUUUAGAAGAAUAUCUCCGCUCUGUAGGUCCAUACAAUGCAAGUGAAUGGUGACCAGAACUUUGAAGCACCAAAAAUCAUAAAGGCAGCAUAAAAGUAAUCCAU